UCUCUCUCUUUCAGCGUCCCUUGAUUUCUCCUGAUGCGCUGAACUUCCACUGACCGAUCAAACUGUGAGAUCUGAACUGAAAGCCCAAGACCUCUCUGCUGUUUUCUGCCACUCGGAUUCAGCCAUGCUGAGAGAGAGACUGUGGGAUAUGGUGGUUCCCAUGGUGUUAUGGGGUGUCUGGCUACCCUCCUGUCUAGGCCAGACCACUUCACCCUCUCAGGAUGGAAAAAUCAAGAUUCGUCUGGCCGGAUAUCCCCGCAAGCACAACGAAGGGAGAGUGGAAGUGUUUUACAAUGGAGAGUGGGGCACUAUCUGUGAUGAUGACUUCACGUUGGCCAACGCUCAUGUUCUAUGCCGCCAUCUAGGGUUCGUGGAGGCAACCAGCUGGUCGCACAGUGCCAAGUAUGGAGCGGGCACAGGCAAAAUCUGGCUGGAUAAUGUCAUGUGUGGAGGAACUGAAAACAGUAUAGAGAAAUGUGUAUCCCGCGGCUGGGGGAACAGUGACUGCACUCAUCAGGAGGAUGCAGGGGUCAUCUGUAAGGAUGAGAGAAUUCCUGGUUUCACAGACUCCAACAUUAUUGAGAUGCAGGUGGAUGAAAACAGAAUGGAGAAGAUUCGUCUGCAUCCUCUCUCCAGUGCCCAUGCCAGCCACAUGCCAAUCACAGAGGGGGUGAUUGAGGUGAAGUUUAAGGAAGGAUGGGGACACAUCUGUAACACUGGCUGGACCAAAAAAAACUCUCGUGUGGCGUGUGGCAUGAUGGGGUUCCCUUCACAGAGGACUAUAGGAAGGAUACCACACAGUCCCCAGAGUGUGUACCGGAUCCACUCUGUGUCCUGCACAGGAAAUGAGGCUCAUCUGUCAGCAUGCACUAUGGAGUUCAGUAAAGCAAACUCUAGCACCCCCUGUCCUGGUGGAGGACCAGUCGCAGUCAGCUGUGUGCCAGGCCCUCUGUUCACACAGGGCCGAGCACGCAGAGUCAAGCUCAAUCCAAUGUCACAGGCACGUCUGAAGGGUGGGGCGAAGACAGGUGAGGGUCGUGUGGAGGUGCUAAAGGGGAGUGAGUGGGGUACAGUGUGUGACGAUCGCUGGAGCCUGCAGUCUGCCAGUGUGGUGUGUAGAGAGCUGGGUUUCGGCACUGCUAAAGAGGCUCUGACUGGAGCACGAAUGGGCCAAGGCAUGGGUCCCAUCUACCUGAAUGAGGUUCAGUGUCGUGGAGAUGAGAAGAGCUUGUGGGAUUGCCCACAUAAGAACAUCACUGCUGAAGACUGCAAACACAUGGAGGACGCCUCCGUCAUCUGCAACGUUCCCUACAUGGGCUACGAGAAAACGAUCCGUCUGACAGGGGGACGUACGAGGUUGGAGGGGAGGGUGGAGUUGCUGCUCUCUUUGGGCAGUGGGGUGAGGGAUUGGGGUUUGAUCUGUGGGGAUGGAUGGACGUCUCGUGAGGCCAUGGUAGUGUGCAGACAGCUGGGGCUGGGACAUGCCAGAAGUGGCUUGAGAAUCCGUAUGGUGGGGGGCAGGAUGGAACACGAGGGUCGUGUGGAGGUUCAUGUCAUGUCCAGGUGGGGAACUGUAUGCAGUGACAAAUGGACAACGAGAGAAGCCAUGGUGGCAUGUAGACAGUUAGGCCUCAGUUACUGCCUGCAUGCUAUCACUGAAACGUGGUACUGGGAUAGCAGUAAUGUCACAGAGAUGGUGCUGAGCGGGGUGAAAUGUAAGGGAGAUGAGAUGAUUCUGACCGACUGUCAGCAUCAUUCUGUCAUCAGCUGCAACAGAGCGGGAGUGCAGUUCUCCGCUGGCGUCAUCUGCUCAGACACGGCUUCUGACCUGGUCUUGAAUGCCCCAUUGGUGGAGCAGACUGUUUACAUCGAAGACCGACCCCUACACAUGCUGUACUGUGCGGCAGAGGAGAACUGCCUCACCAAAUCUGCUGCUAAAGCCAACUGGCCGUACGGCCACCGUCGCCUGCUGCGUUUCUCCUCCCAGAUCCACAAUAUCGGCAGGGCUGACUUCCGGCCACGGCUCGGCCGCCAAUCCUGGGUGUGGCACGAAUGCCAUAGACACUAUCAUAGUAUGGACAUCUUCACAUAUUAUGACCUACUGUCUCUAAAUGGGACCAAAGUGGCAGAUGGACAUAAAGCAAGUUUCUGCCUGGAGGACACUGAGUGCCAUGAAGGUGUUUCGAAGCAAUAUGAAUGUGCUAACUUUGGCGAGCAGGGCAUCACAGUGGGCUGCUGGGACUUGUACAGACAUGAUAUUGACUGCCAGUGGAUUGACAUCACAGAUGUUAAACCAGGAAACUAUAUAUUACAGGUCGUAAUAAACCCCAACUUUGAGGUAGCUGAGAGUGACUUCACCAACAACGCUAUGCGGUGCAACUGCAAAUACGAUGGCAACCGUGUCUGGUUGCAUAAAUGUCAUCUUGGUGAUUCAUUUAGUGAGGAGGCUGAAAAACAGUUUGAGCACUAUCCUGGGCAGCUGAACAACAAGAUCUCAUAACAUUGUGCAAAUGAGAAAGCCAAGGAACUGCAAGAACCACAUGGAUCUGGACUGAAACAUUUAAUCACUUUAUAUUGCUAUUUAUUCUCAUUUGGAUUUGAUGAUACCGUGGCCCAAUCACAUGUUCUUAUAUUGAGUUUACUCUUUGAUUAGGUCAUCGAAAAUAUAGAAUUAUCAUGUAGCCAAAGGCCUCAGAGACAAAACAGGGCUGUGAUUGUGGCCUGGGCUUUUAUGUAAAUUACAUGAAUCUGUGGUUAGAGGAACACAAUGACUGUGCACUUCCUCUUUCAUGAAAGCAAUUAACUUUAGAACAGACAUCCACAUGAAACACAAGUUUCAGUAAUUUUUAUAUGUUAAGUUAUAAAAGAUUAUUUCAAAUGUUUACAGACUGUGAGUUUACAUUUAACUUUUCAAAUCACAAUAUGUACAUUAGAUUUUACCAAAGCAGAAUUUUGUAAUGCUACUCCCCUUUUGUUACAUUUCUGUACACUUGUAUUUCCAGGAUAUUUCUGGAAUAUUCUGUAACCAUGUUUGUAAAAUAUACAAAACUGCACUUUUUAAAACAUUCUUGAUGGCAUAAAAAUCAUCUUGUCUACAUUCAGACCUAAACUCAAAGAAUUGGCCAAAACCAGUAAGUCUUAUUUGAACAGUACUCAUUUCUCAAAGCUGGAUUAAAGUGGAAGCCGUACUGUAAUGAGUAAAUGGCACUGGAAAAGCUACAUUGCAACAGAGCCCAAUAAGAUUAGAGUAUUCAAUGCCAAUUACAGGAAUAUUCUGGGUUCAAUACAGGUUAAGCUCAAUCAACAGCAUUUGUGGCAUAAUAUUAUGACAAAAACUUACUUGGACUUGUCUCUCCUUUUCAUAAAAAAAAAAAAAAAAAAUCUUUAACAUUAAAAUACUUUUUAAAAGUACUGCAAUGACUUGCAUGCAGUUCAACUGAAAACCUUGGUUAAAAGGAAUAUUCCAGGUUCAGUACAAGCUACGCUCAAUUGACAGCAUUUGUGGCAUUGUUGAUUUCCACAAAAAUGUAUUUCAACCUGUCCCUCAGUUAAAAAAAAAAUAAAAAUGACAAAUACAGCUGGGCUACAGUAAGGCACUUACAAAUGUAAGUGAAUUGGGCCAAAUCAGUAAACUCACCAUUUUAAAAGUAUAGCCAUGUAAACAUUAUGCAGUAACAUGAUUUUAGUGCAACAAUUGCUUUUGCAACCUUUUAUGUAGUUAUCCCCAAUUUUACAACUUCUAUUCCAUUACAGCAGAACACCCUAAAAUGCUGAUUUAAACGACAAUGCUCAAAUUAAAGGAAAUCGCCUUUAAACCCUCCAUAAACCAGCCCCAUUCACUUCCAUUGUAAGUGCCCCACUGGAGGGAAGAGUAGAAAUAAUUUAACAUUAUGCCACAAAUGCUGUUGAUUUACCUCAACUUGUACUGAACGCAGAACAUUCCUUUAGCUGUUCAACGACUCUUGCCACAAAAGCACUGGAAUGCAAGAACUUGCUGCAAAGUUU